CUGCAUAAUUCAGACAGGUAAAUACACUAUACUUAUAUUUAACUUUACUGCCUCAUUCUCUGAAAAAUCGAUGUACUAACCAAGUGGAACUAUUUUUUCUUGAACUCUUUGUUUCAAUGGAUAAACAACUAGGCGCAAAGAUGUAGUAGAUGGCUGGCAGAAGAUGGCAUGUGCCGCACCUCUAACCUUUUACCAAUAGGUACAUGAGUGAUUCGGAACAAGAUGUAACCCUAACUGUUGUGUCCGCCUCGCUUUCUUGUCGCUUUCCUUCUUUGGUGCCUAAUGUAACUGAAUCAACGCACGAUUCCAACUGUACGAGUUUACCUGCCGAUGACGUCUACGAAUCUAGCAAAAUAUCUUCAGGCUCAAAUAAUACAGUCAUUGAUGCGAGUACUGCUGGUCAUGAAAUUAUAGAUUUUUCAGGAUCAGAUUUUGAGAAUAAUACAACAUUUGUUAGAAACGCUCAAAAUAUUGAAGAAUUAUCGAGGAAGACACUUGAUGAGAAUAAUAUAGUUUAUUGUCCUGGAAAUGCUAUCCAGAAUACAACGAAUGCAAUCGAAUAUGAGUUAAAGCAUUGUGUUGAAAAAUCAUCAGGUGGUCCUCGAGAUAGCUUUAAUGUUGUAGGUACUCAUGAUAAUCACAAUAAAAAUGAUUCAAAUUGCAUUACUUCUGAAACGAUUUGUACAGAUUCAUUAAUUGACAAAUUUUUGUUUACACAAAUUUGUAAAAAUGCUUCAGAACGAGAAACGAAGGAAAACCGUCUGACAGAAGACAAUUUUUCCGGAUCAACUGAUGGGACUUUGCAGAACUCUGAAGAGUCCAGUGACCACGAAGAAUCAUUAUUAGAUAAUACACAAGAUUCUAAAAGGUUUAGCGUCAGAAAUCAUUCGAACAUGGGAAACAAACAAGCACAAGCUCAAAAAGUUCAAAGUGAUGAUGACACGCCGGACGACGGUAGAACAAAAUGCUGCCAAGUGCCAAAAAGAAAACUUAAAGAAAAAGUUAACCGAUCAAAUAGAACUAGCCGAAACGAAGACCUUAAUUUCGAUUCAAACGAGGUCUAUCCUUUCGAGGGACGAAGUAGAAGCGAACAGGAAAUAAAUGAACCCGUUGAGCUAGAGCCAUUUGAAAUUGUAGAAACCGAUGAUAUAAAGUUUGUACCAGGUGCAGGCACUUCUGAUGUAAUAAAAUCUAUAAGUGAACCUAGAUUUACAACAAUAGCCGAAGAACCUUCACCUUCAGAAGAAAUUCAAAUCCCAGGAAUAUCUACAGAAACAUGUCCAAAUGUCCCAUUUUACAUAGACAAAGGAAAUAGACUAGUUGAACCUGGAACUGCUACAGCGCAUUCAACAUUUGAAUUUAAACAGGCUAAACCCAAAACAAAACUUGCUAAGAUAACAUCAGAACAACGUCAACACAAUUAUGAGAACGUGACUAGAAUAGAAGAAUCAGUUGAGCCAAAUGCUGCCUUACGAAAAGCAUCUUCAAGUAGUUCAAAAUCUAAUUCAAGUUCCAGCAGUAAGGACAUCAGUCGUAAAAACUCAAAGGAUGCAAUGCAAAAACCUUCGAGAAAAGGAAAAUCAAAAACUUCAGUUGAUUCUGCUGAUGCUUGUCUUGUAGAACAAGAUGACAGAGGAAACAAACCGAAAAAAGAAAAUGAACAAAAAACACAGUCUAUUCGAGAUAGUGAAAUUGACAGAAAAAUUGAUAGUGUUUUAAUGCUUACGCAAACAAUGUUUUCACAGACCAAGGUAACAGAAGAUCAGGAUAAAGAUAAAUCCGAACCUGUCGCAUUAAAUCAGUAUGAAAAUGUCGGAGUUUGUGCAAAACUUGAACCCAGUGGUAUAGUUAUAAGACACAAGGAUUCAAAUAUAUCUGACAAACCAUUUCAGGAAACUGCACAGAAUAACAAAACGUGCACCGGUAAUAAUUGUGAAGAACCAAAAGAAGUAAAUGAGGUAAGCAGGAGAAGAAAUCACUAUUCGCAUUUGUCUAAAGACAUUGUUGAAAUAUCUGACAGCGGUACGUUGAUAAUUAAAUCAUUAGCUGAUUUACCCUCUGAGAGAUCAACAGAGGAAGUCGAAGUCGAGCAAAGAGAUGAACACAGUCAUUCUGUAAGUUUAAGUAGUGAUGACAUUCAUGACAAUACUGAUUUGAAAGUGCCAUAUGAAACAAUUGACAGACUUUCUGUAGAAAAUAGAAUCUACACAAAUGACUCAAUUAGCAAUGUGGAUGACAAUGACAAACUGACUGAAAACGUCCCUCCACCUUCUCCAUUAGCAAUGGAAGUUCUAGAAGAAGAGGAAGAAGAUGCGUUUGAAGAGGAUGACGAUACUGUUGACUAUGGAGAAGACGAUAGACGAAAAAGUGAGAUUUUGGAAUUCACAGAAAAUGUUUGCAAACGUUUGUCACACUUAUUGGAAGCUAUGUCAGAUGAAGAUAAUGGGACAGAAGAUAAUGCAACUGCAGACAGUCCAGAGCGGAAACGUAAGAAUUACGAAGACCAUAUUUAUGAAACAAUAGAUGGUCUUUCAAAACUAGAGAAGAGUAGAGACCAUUCAGACAAUAAGAGAUCCAAUAGUGAUAAUGAGAAAACAAAAGUUAGACAACAAGACAAAAUGUCUGACUUUUCGUGUAGUCUGAAGUGUACGUCAGACGAAUUGGAAAAUAGCAAAAACCAGCAAAAUCCUGCUUCAGAUGAUGACUUGCCAGAAUAUUUCGAUCCUCGGCAGCUUCCGCCUCCUGAGAUAUUUGAUGAUAUUGCAUCUAGUGAAGAUGAUAGUUUGUUAUCGGAAGAGAUUUCGAACGUUGUAAGUGCCAAAACAAUGAGCUUCCAAGGUUUUCAGUAUGAUAACAUUGUCUUAGAAAAUAAAGACAAAAACUUUUCGUUACCUAUACAAUCUUUCGGAAAUGGUUUGAUGAAUGAUGCUACACCGCUAAUUACAACUGAAGAUCUAAGAGACAUUACACCUACUGCUGAAGCUCAUCCGAGACACACUGCUCUUCCAGAACUUGCGAAGGCGGAAGAAGAAACGCCAGUACAAUUUGACACAUCUGGACGACAGUCAGCCACGUGUACCGAAUCAGAUAUUGACGUUUCUGAGCAUCGUGACGACUUAAGUACAGAUAGUAUGCUGGCUGAUGACGAAGCCGAGGAAACGAUGGAAAUUUUGUUCACAAAAACUUACACGGAACCUGUAGAAGGGGCUGAAGUAUUUCUUAGUUGCACAGUAGUUAACAGUGCAUAUAAAGAUGAAAGGAAGAAAAGUGAAACAUGGUUAUCAGACGAAGCACUAGAGUAUUUUGAAGCUAAUGCAUCUGAAGUUAUGUCUACUGCCUUUCUCAAGGCUAAAAAGGAAAUGAAAGACAUUCAAGUUUGCUUACAAAGCUUGCGCCAACAAAUGGAACAUUUUCAUAGCGAUUGUGACGAUAUCAGUCUGCCUGAAAUACCCGUGGAUUCCCUUUCACCUGACUAUUUCGGUAUCCCUAUGAGGAAAGCUGUAACAGACUAAUGUAUUCACUAUUUAUUACUAACAAAUUUAUUAUCGCUUUUACUCGUAUUACAGUCUCUUUUUCAUUUUAUCUGUAUGUUACAUCAUAUAUAUCAUAGUUAUUUCGUGUGUUAUUCAAUUUCUGUUUUACAUUGUUGUCGUAUCGUCUUUGCAGUAUAGUGUAUCAUUUGAAAGAUAAGAAAGUAUUUAUUAAUUCAAAUAGCUUUUGGGUUUAGAAUAUCAGGUUUUGCUACAAACAAAUGAAUUAUGUUGAAUAAACAAAAUAUUAACAUCGAAGUUAAUAUAAAAAAUAGAAUUUGCUUAAACGAUUAUUGAAUGAUAAUAAAUAUUUUUUUCAAUGACAUAACGAAACCUUUUUGCCAGGAUCUGUAGAAAUGAACUUGAUGAUUUAUUAUGGUUCAAUAUUGAAUUGUUUUUGUCAAGAUAUAGGUUUUCUGUAGCUACAACUAGUCGUUUUCGAAAAGUAAAAGUGUAUAUAUUACACAGUCAAUUUAAAGAACAUUUUAAAACCUCUGAGUAAUUAUUGUAGGGACAAUGACUUGCCUUAACCAUCAGGGUGAAGUCAGGUAGGUCUGUAUAUCUGUAAAGCCGGGUUUAACACUACACUUUCCAUACUGAAAUUGCGUAAUCAAAGUUCCUCACGUUAACAGAUGUACGAAAAUCAAAGAAAGAAUAUCAACAAACAGAUCAUAAUAAGUGGAGAAUAUAGCAUCUACAAAUCCUGGUACACUAGAAUUAUCUCUUACAUAUUUGCAUACAAAUUUAAUUUAUGCAAAAUCAUUUCAGAUACAGAAUGUCUUAAAACGCAUGUAAAUUUUAAUUUAAUUUUUCACCUAAUGUGUUUCUUUUUUUUUCCAUUAACCAUUGUAUUCAUUACUCAGUUUCACGCCAUAUUAAUUAAUGUUGAAUACAGCUCAUUAUUAUACAUAAUUACUAAACUCAAAAUUUGAAAUUUUCAUUUCAGUACAACAGAUUUGCAUGGAUGUUUUUUGUAUAUUUUGACUGAUCUUAUCUGCUAGUUUACUGUUUGUGCUGCAUUUGUCAAAACAUUGAUAUAUCAAAGCAUUGGACAGAAUAGAUGUCUUGUUUUUA